GAUAUUACAGCAUUGAUAGGAAUGAUUAUAUUGCAAAUAUGCUAUGCUGGUAUAAACAUUAUCUCAAAACUUGCCAUGCAAUCUGGAAUGAACCCUCUUGUUCUUCUCACUUAUAGACAGAUUUUUGGCACUUUGGCCAUUGCUCCUUUUGCCUUUUUUACUGAAAGGAAAACAAGGCCAAAGAUCACUUUUACAGUUCUGAUUCAAAUCUUUGUGUGUUCCUUAUCAGGAGCAACAGGAAACCAGAUAUUCUUCUUUGUUGGGUUGAAAUACACAAACCCAACAAUUUCAAGUGCCAUGGCCAAUGUUCUUCCAGCUGCUACUUUUAUUCUUGCUGUUAUUUUCAGACAGGAGAGUGUGAGAAUCAAGACCAAGUCUGGUUUUGCAAAGGUAACAGGGACAAUUUUGUGUGUAUGUGGGGCAAUGCUGCUGUCUUUCUACCAUGGACACACCAUUGACUUAGGUGAAUCAAAAAUUCACUGGCCAUAUGUUGAGAGAAUGAUCAAGGAAACAAACCCGACGAACCGUCAAGGAAAAUGCGUCCUCGGCUCGGUUUUGUUGCUCUUGAGCUCUUUUGCUUGGGCAUUAUGGUUUGUCAUCCAAGCAAGAUUGAGUGUCAAGUUCAAAGCUCCCUAUACAAGUACUACAUUGUUGUGCUUCAUGGCCUUUUUCCAAUGUGGACUCAUAGCUGUGAUUUCAGAGCACAAUGUUGCUGCUUGGUCUUUGAAAAGUACAAUCCGACUCGUUGCAGCUCUUUAUGCGGGAGUUGUGUGCUCUGCAUUGACAUUUAGCAUAACUUCAUGGAUUAUACAAAGGAAAGGCCCUCUCUAUGUCUCCAUUUUCUCUCCUUUAUUGCUUAUCAUUGUGGCCAUCCUUAGUUGGGCUCUACUCCACCAACAACUCUACAUCGGAACUGUUAUUGGCUCUGUUUUGAUAAUCAUUGGGCUUUAUGCUGUGCUAUGGGGGAAGUCCAAAGAGAUGAAACUAGAAGAUCAUCACAACAUGGAAAAACCAACAAUAGAGAAGCCAGAUGGGAGUCAUAUUAUUGAGGAGAAGGAUGACAUGGAAUUGCAAAUCACAAACAUCAAAUAA